AUGGAGUUUCUGCAAAUCGUGAGUAUUCUACUGGACGUUCCAGUGCCGUUGGCAAUCUUUCUCGAUAUUUAUCUUAUUUUUACGUUCAAUAAAAAUGUGGAUAUGUGUCCGGUGUUCAGCUGGUGUCUGCGGCAUAUUUUCAUCACUAACCUCGUCACCUACAACGCCGAGAUCUUUAUUCGCCAAUUCGCGAUGCUCGGGCUGUUUCUACCAUUUUUCAAGGCUAAUGAGCAACUUAUUGGAAAGGGAGAAAACUCGAUCGCAUUUGGCAGCUCCACCCCGAACGUUAUCGCGGUGUUGUAUAUUGUCUUUGUCCCUGGAAUAGCGCAUAUCAUAACUGCCAAAUGGAUUACAAUGGUCGCCGGUUUCUACGCCGAGGUCCAAGCCUUUAUCAUUCCAACGCUCCCCGAAAUCGACUUGGCUUUGUAUUGGGUGUUGAGCCAACUCGGCGACGUCGUCUAUGGGGUCAACGCGACCAUCGUCAUCUACAUCUGCUUUCCUCACGAUGCUCUGGAGUUUCCAAACAACCACCUAUCACUCACCGAACUUUUCUACCUGGCUGAGGACCAUGGCAAGCUGCCAAUUAUCUCGCGCUUCACCGACAGGCCCGGUCGCUCCAGUUUCAUCUACGGCAGAUUGCCAGAGCUCGAGGAGGAAGAAAAUGGAUUACUCAAUGCUGCCUGCCGAAGUCCAAGGAUUAUUUCUGCAGCGUUUGGACUUGCGCAGCUUCUU